GCUAAGUUUGGUCAGCACCACUCAGGACUUCUGCUUUUGGAUUGCAUUCUAUUGACCUCAUGAAGUUGAUGUUUUGAAAUACUUCAAGGAGAGUGAGGAACUAGGGGAGGUGUCUCAGGUUAUCUGACUCCCAGGGUGAAAUGAUGUAGUACAGAUGAGGGAAGGUGUCGAAACAUAGACGACGACAGGCAGCUGGGCCUGUGACUGACUUUGUGGGUCGCUGAUAUUAGAUUACUCAAGAAGCUAUGGGGUAUCGCUCUUCAUCCUCCAGCACGGUGAAUUGAAGACCAGCAGCAUGAGAAAGAGGAGGGAUUCCCAAAACGGCUGCGUCCCUAACGAUGGCCAAAAGGCCUCCAUGAAGCACCCUGCGAAGGCUACCGUUCUCCAGAAAGAGGUGAGCCUGCUGAGUGGGGUGUGCCUCAUCGUGGGGACAAUGAUUGGCUCUGGGAUCUUCAUCUCCCCCAAGGCAGUGCUGCUGAACACAGGGGCCGUGGGGCCAUGCCUGCUGGUCUGGGCUUCCUGCGGCCUGCUCUCUACGCUGGGCGCCCUGUGCUACGCCGAGCUGGGGACCAUGAUCACCAAGUCUGGAGGGGAGUACAGCUACCUGAUGGAGGGCUUCGGGCCCGUCGUCGCCUACCUCUACUCCUGGACCACCGCCAUCGUCCUGAAGCCCUCCUCCUUCGCCAUCAUCUCCCUGAGCUUCGCCAAAUACGCCGCCGCACCCUUCUACCCAGGAUGCACCCCUCCCCUCAUCGUCACCAAGUGUCUGGCGGCAGCAUGCAUAUUGCUGAUCACCCUGGUGAACUGCACUAGCGUCCGGCUCGCUAGCUUCGUCCAGAACUUCUUCACCGCGGCCAAGCUGAUGAUCAUCUUCGUCAUCGUGGUCUCCGGCCUCGUCAUGUUGGCACAAGGACACACCGAAAACUUUUCCAACUCCUUUGAGGGUGGCUCGACCUCGUUCGGCACCAUCGGACUUGCGUUUUACAACGGGCUCUGGGCGUAUGAUGGAUGGAAUCAACUGAACGUUAUCACAGAGGAACUGAAGAAUCCAUACCGGAACCUACCGUUGGCUGUCCUGAUAGGGAUUCCCCUGGUGUCGGCUUGCUACGUGUUGGUCAAUGUGUCCUACUUCACUGUGAUGACCACCACAGAGGUUCUGCAGUCGUCAGCAGUUGCUGUGACCUAUGGGCACCGGGUCUUACAUCCGGUGUCCUGGAUCGUUCCUCUGUUCGUGGUCUUCUCCACCUUCGGCUCAGCCAAUGGGAGCUGCUUCACUGCUGGCAGACUGACCUACGUGGCUGGUAGGGAGGGUCACAUGGUGAAGAUCCUGUCCUACAUCAGCCUGCGGCGCUACACCCCGGCCCCUGCACUCAUGUUCAAUGGUCUUCUGGCCUUGUUCUACAGCAUUCCCGCCGACAUCGAGGUCCUCAUAAACUACUUCAGCUUCGCCCAGUGGGCGUUCUACGGCCUCACUGCGUUGGCUCUCAUCGUCAUGCGCUUCACCCGCAAGGAUCUGCCAAGGCCAGUCAGGAUACCUAUAGUGUUUGCAGUCCUGAUGGUGCUCAUAUCUUGCUACCUGGUCCUGGCUCCCAUCAUUGACAAACCAGAAAUGGAGUACCUCUACUGCACCAUGUUCAUCUUCAGCGGACUGGUCCUCUACUAUCCAUUUGUGUACCGCAAGGUGCGCUGGCUUAACAAGUACAUUGAGCCUAUAACCAUGCAUCUCCAGCUGUUGAUGGAGGUUGUUCCUCCGGAAAAUGUCCAAUGACAAUGGAGGGACCAGAAAUGUUCCAAUGACAAUGGACACUCAAGACUCAAAUGACUUGAAGCUUUUCCCCAUCUUCGCUCAUCCCAUCUUUGACAUUGGUGCCAAUUCAGAAUAUUUUGUUAAUCCCGUGGGAAAUUCGUCAUGGAUCUACGCAGUAGCCUCUGUAAGUCUGCUAGAGGAAUUUAUACGACAACGGUGCAACCACCUUUUCUUAAAUGAACUCCAAAGAAAAUUAUCCAAUGGAUUCCAGCCUUGGAAACUAAUGAAAGAUCUUGAUCAAAGAGUAUUGGACAGCGAGGUCCAGCUCACUGCAGAGUCCAUGGCAUCUUUUACCCCGUGAAAGAUGGAGGGUACAUUAAUUCUUAGAAUUAUUAAAAACUAGACUUUAUACUGGGGCUUUCCCUAUUAUGGUCAACUCCUCAUGGUGAAAACCUGAACAAGGUCAAGUCAUACAAGCGCCUUUCAAACAUGUAGCCCGAUGUGGAUCAAACUGUGUUUCAAAAAUCAAAGAUACAAACAUAUUUGACUGUCGAUUGAUUUGGUAAAUUAUUUCUCUAAUAAAAGUACUAAAAGACAAGGAAAGUUAAUAAGAUAAAUAAUUUGCCAAUCAAUCAUAAACAUUCACAUGUGUUUGUAUGUUUGAUUAUUCAUGUUAUUUAAUCUAUUCCGCUCAUUUCCCUGCAUAAGACCACUUCUGUCACGACCAUGUGGGAAACAUGCUGUAACAUAAUUGGCACAAUAAUGUUACAGAUUUCCCCAUAUGCAUUUCAAUGUCUUUCACUGUCACUAUGUUAUUUCCUUUAUAUCUUUGCAAUGUAAACGUACCAUACAGAACUCUGACAUUUCAUAAUCUUCAGGUCCUAGGACUAGGACCAUUUUCUUUUCAUUUCAAUGGGUAGACUAUGCAUCACUUUGCUGCCGUCAUUUAAAGCAUCACAAAUGUUUUGCAAUGGCUUUGUUGUGGAUUUUCCUGUGUGCCUGCUGACACUUUGGAAAUCAAAUGUUUACUUUGUUGAAAUUUAUUCAAAAGUAUGUCGAUGUCACUACUGUAAGUAGGCUCAAACACCAUUGGGUUAACUCAUUUGGUAAUAUAUUAUGACUUCACAGACAUUUAUGGAUGUAAAAACCUCUUAGAUUGCAACUUUCAGACUGUUUGGUGCAUCUGGUGUUUAGUGUUGGAUUAGAAGAACAUGUAAGAAGUAGUUUCUGGAUGGGUCCCAAUUAUCAGUAUAAGUAUGAUCAUUUGUUUGAUGAUGUUUGC